UAACCUGCGACCACUGCACUGACAAAUGUUGCUACUUUUACCGGUGACGGGUUACCCUAGCUACUCGGCUCCAUAUUUCCCUGUAAACUCCAAGGUUGACUCUGUGCGUGAGAACCCAGGAAGGCUGGGGCAGCUGCCCGUUUCCAAGAUUUCCCCAGGUGGCUGCAAACGUGAAGACCAGAAUCUGCCCCUCUCAGCACAGGUGCACUCCGAGGAUUUACCAGUCCUUCACGGGGGGGCCAGCUGAGUUUAUACUGAAGCAUGCAGGAGAACGACCCUGAGCAGCCACCGUCACUGGCUCAGCUCCUAAGAGAGAGCUACCUGGCAGAAGCCAGAGCCCAGCAGCGCCACAGCGAGAUGAGCCGCUCAGACGCUUCGUCCACACGCCUUCAGAUCUACGGGUCCCUCAAAGGCAAGGCUGAGGACUCUGUGGGCUGUAAUGACCCCAAACUGCCAGACCUCUCCGCCUUCCUCAGCCAGGAAGAGUUGGAUAAGAGUGUGAACCUGGCCUGCCAGGCCAUCGGACAUGAGCAUCCUGAGGAGAGGGCAGAGGUCAAGGCUUCUGUCACACCGUUAACCCCCUCCAACAUCUCCUCAGUCUCAGUAUCUUCCUCUACAAUCCCUUCUGUUCCCUUCCCAAACCCAUCUCCUGCUCCUCUUGCUGCCCCCUCCACUGUGCCCUUCACCCAGCCUGCCCCUGUGUUCAAAGAACUGCCAGCGACACACACAAUCACAUCAGACAGAAAGAUGCUUAAAGCCUCCACGGGGCAGGACAACAUGACCAGGAACAGCAGGGACUCCGGUGAAGGAUUCAACGACUUCAACACAUCAUCGAGGAACGCGCCAUACGGUCCGGAGACCCAGUCCAAGAAGGAGUUUCUCAACAAGGCAGCGGACUUCAUCGAGGAGCUCUCCUCUCUAUUCAAGGCCAACAGCUCCAAACGGGCACGACCAAGAGGGGGCAAGUCACACAGGAGUAGGGGUCAGAACAAGAGCCAGAACGAAGGGACGGUUGAUCCCCUCGGCUCUGAUAACAGGGAGCGUGCUCUCAUGCCCGUGGAAGUGGAGGAGGAGGAGAGACCCAGUCCUGCUGUGAGCCAACCACCAGAGGUCCAACUGGACCCUGGUACCGGGCAUGCGGAGCUUCAGGACUGCAGGGUCACUGAGGAGCAGCAGUACCACUGUGUUUCUCAGGAGGUACAGGAGGAGGAGACAGAAACCUGUGCCUUGACAGAAACACCCUUCUCUGCAGAGCCCACGUGUGAACCUCCUCAUUUCAUCCAGAAACUGAAAAGCAGGGAGGUUGCAGAGGGAAGCAAGGUUCAGUUAGACUGCAUCGUAAGAGGACUCCCGAUGCCUGAAGUCCGGUGGUUUUGUGAGGGCAAGGAGUUGGAGAACAGCCCCGACAUUCAGAUCCUCACCGACGGAGAGCUGCACUCUCUGAUCAUCGCUGAGGCCUUCGAGGAGGAUACAGGACGUUACUCCUGCUUUGCGUCUAACUUCUAUGGUACUGACUCCACGUCGGCAGAGAUCUACGUCGAAGGUACUUCCUCUUCAGAUUCUGAGGGGGAGCAGCAACUUGAACAUGUAGACCAGCUGCAGAACAAAACCGAAACGUCAUCUGCAACUUUACCAUCAUCAUUGGGCCAAACGGUUUCUGUAGAGGAGGAAGAGUUUGAGACACCUGAACUUGCAGCAGCCACAGAGGAACCAACAGAGGAGCUCUCCUCACCACCAACUCAUCAACCUCCUCUACUGGUCCAGACAACAACCACAGUGCUUUCUGUCCCAGAGCUCUCCAAAGCGUCUGUGGCAUCCUCAGCGCAGCCUGCUCAGGAGGAGACGACCACAGUGUUACCUGUCCAGGUGUUUCCUACUUUGACUCAAGAGGUCACAGAAGGUUCAGGAGACCAGGAGGCGUCAGCGUCUGUCCCAGUCACAUCCACAACCCAGCAGCCAGAGACCGUCUCAUCCCUGCCUCUGAUCCCAGUGGCUCCAUCAGUGCAUCCUGUCCAGGCAGCUCCAACUCAGACACAACAACCUGAGUGUCAAACCUCCAACCUCAACUAUCUACAAGGAUUAAACGGGCAAGCUGUGAUGGCUGCCCCUGUAUUCACAAAGAGCCUGCAAGACCUCUUUGUGUCAGAAGGCCAGCUGGUGGUGCUAGAGUGCCAUGUGAAAGGGACACCGUCACCCCGAGUGGACUGGUACAGAGAGUGCAAACCCAUAGAGGACUCCCCUGCUUUCAGGAUCCUGCAGAAAAAGCCGAGAUCUCCAGCUGAACCAGAGGAAGUAUGCACUUUGGUCAUUGCUGAAGUCUUUCCGGAAGAUUCAGGAGUGUUCACUUGUACAGCAAGCAACAAGUAUGGAACCGUGUCCAGUUCUGCAGCGCUGAGGGUCAGAGGCAAUGGUAGGAACAGCAACCAGGUGAGGCCUGUCAGCCGUUUAACAGUGGAUCCCAGUCGAAUCCAAGAGCCUUCCCCAUCAGCUCCCAGUGUCAACCCUCAACCAGAGGUGACCAACAGCAUCAAGCCCCACUCCAGCACCAUUCGCCUGGACCCACUCGUCUCCAGCACGUUACGCCUUGAUCCCUUAAACACCAGCACCUUUCGCCUGGAUCCCCAGAGCUCCAGCAUGUUGCGUCCGGACCCAUUUCGCACCAGCCUGCCCAGUCUGGAACCCUCCAGCCUGAGCAGCAGCAUCAGCACCUCCUACCUGAACUCUCACAGCAGCAGCACCCCAAACUUAGAUCCUCUCCACCUCUACCAGAACACUCCCAUAUCCAGUGGAGCACAUCCAGAACCACAGAGCGGUGCACAGGUGUUCUCACACCUGAAACCUUUCAGUGCUGCAACUCCAGCUGAGCAGGAAGUCUCCCGACCUUGGCUGACAUCGUCUGACACAGGUGCUAAAGUUAAGGGGACUCCAAACCAUCAGAAUGGGAGCCCCGUUGUGGUCCCCCUCCCCGACCCUCCUCCGAACUCCUGCCUUAAGUCGGGCACCUUGACGAACCAUAGAGACUCGCGCUCCGGCUCCAGAGUCGGUCGGCAUGUGCACUUCAGACUGCCCGAGGAUGAGGAGGAAGAGCAAAGCGAAGCAUCCACUGAGUGUGAUGAAGAUGACGCUCUGGCUUCAGCCAACAAAGGACCCCCCCCGGUGCGGGCUAAACCCAAACUGGAACCCGCCCAGCUCCGGCUUCUGCACAACCAAGUCCUCAUGGAGCAGCAGCAGGAGACCGAACCCCCGAGCCAAACCCCAACCCACGCUCAGCCUCAGUCCCACCCCCCCUUCCAGAGCCAGGUCGAGCCCGACGUCCCAAGUUCCCACGAUGCUCCGCUGUGGUCACCCAGAAUGCAUCACGAACCCCAUCCACCAUCUUUCCAGCCCCAACUUACGACCACAGCUCCCCCUCAGCAGACCCCUAACGCUCCCUCACUGACCUCUGCUCCACAGCUCAACACCACCUUUUCACCUCUUUUCAACACUGCUCCUCCUUUCAGCUCCCCUCCAUCUUUCCCUCAGCUGAAGAUGUCUACACUGGUGACGUCACCUCCACCUCCCCCACAGCUGAACACAGCUCCUCCUCUCAGUGCAGCUACUAUAACCCAGAUGAACACCAUCCACGCCUCCCACCUCAACCUGUCCGCUGCAGCUCUCGCCAAACAUACACCCACGUUCCAGUUCUCCUCUCCCCCCGCACCGAAGCUCAGCACGGUGCCCACAGGUCCGACUCUGGCCUCCCAGCAGAUCAUCUCCCCCACGCCUCUGCUUAGAAGCACCCACGCCUCCCUCAUGAACCUCACCGCCACCUCCUUCACCUUCAACUACACCCGGCCUAAAGAGUUCAUCGCUGCUCAGACCUUCUCACCAGUGAGGAGUCCUUCCCCAACCGAAUCCCCGGUGCCCCUCCUCCAUGAGCUGGCCGCUGAGCUCAACUCCUCCGCAGCCAGCUCCCCAACUCUCCCGCCAUUUUCCCCACUACCUAGGAUCUUCCCCACGAGGGUGCUGAAGUCUCCCACCAGCCCUCCUUCCCUCGUGUCCUCGCCCACACCGGGAUCAGCGCAGUUCCCCAACAGCUUGUUCUCCCUACGAGCCCAGUCGCCCCUUCAGGCCUCUUCUCCCACUUCCAGCAGCUCCACCCCCAGCCCAAUCCAAAACCCUGUGGCCUUCCUCAGCUCCGUCCUGCCGUCGCUGAGCCUGGGUCAGCCCAGAAACUCAAUGGGACUGCCCAAGGGAGCUCCGACGGGGCUACAAAAGAAGGUACCCAAGGUGCAACUGCCAUCAAAUGAAGACAUUCGUGGGAGCAGAGAAAUUCUCCUCCAAGACAUCGAGAGAAAGCUUCGAUUUAAAGAUGAUACUCCACAGUUUGCACAUCAACAGAAGCUGAGUAAUGAGGGGAAAACAGCGAGCAGACCCCUUGGACCAAAAAUUCCUGCUACUGUCUUUAACUAUGAUGAGGAGUACAAAGUGUCCAGAUUUGAGCAGAGACUAAUGAGCGAGAUUGAAUUCCGCUUGGAGCGAACGCCAGUGGAGGAGUCGGAUGAUGAGGUGCAGCACGACGACGUUCCGACGGGAAAAUGCAUCGCGCCAAUAAUUGACAAGAAACUUAAGAACUUCAAGGCCAUGGAGGACGUGCCUGUCACUUUCUCAUGUAAAGUUGUGGGAAUCCCUCUUCCAAAGGUUUACUGGUUCAAGGAUGGCAAGCAGAUCUUAAGGAAAAACGUCCAUUACAAGAAGAUAAGAGAGGGGGACGGGACCUGCGCUUUACACAUCGAGUCCACGAUCAGCGACGAUGAUGGCAACUACACCAUCAUGGCAGCUAAUCCACAGGGACGAAUCAGCUGCUCGGGUCAUUUGAUCGUCCAAACGGGACCUCCCCGCAACCAACUGACCCCGAUUCACUCUCAGAGGGUACGAGCUCGCAUACAACAAGUUGAAGGUGAGCAAACGCAGGAGCGCUUUUUUCGCCCUCACUUCCUCCAGGCUCCAGGAGACAUGCUGGCUCACGAGGGGAGACUGUGCAGAUUAGACUGUAAGGUGAGUGGGCUGCCCAACCCAGAGCUGAUGUGGCUGGUCAACGGGAGGCCGAUCUAUCCGGACCUUUACCACAAGCUGCUGGUGCGGGAGAAUGGCAUCCACUCCCUGGUCAUUGACCCUCUGACGCAGAAUGACGGUGGCACAUACACAUGCAUAGCGAGCAACAAAGCAGGGCAGAGCUCCUUUAGUCUAGAACUGAAUGUUGUGGAGAAAGAGACGAAGCUCCCUCCUCAGUUUGUGGAGAAGCUGCAGAACAUGGGUAUUCCUCAGGGGACUCCCGUCAGGCUGGAGUGUCGGGUGGUGGGUAUGCCCCCACCGGCCAUCUUCUGGAAGAAAGACAAUGACACCAUUCCUAGAACUAGGGACAGAAUCAGCAUGACCCAGGAUGCCACAGGAUAUGUGUGUCUCCUCAUCCAACCAACAACUAAAGAUGAUGCCGGCUGGUACACAGUGUCGGCAAAAAACGAGGCUGGAAUUGUGUCUUGCACCUGCAGACUUGAUAUCUAUGCACAGUGGCAUCAGAGCAUCCCCGCCCCCAUGAAGAAAGCUCCGCGCACAGGCAGCCGCUACGCCGCUCUGACCGACCAGGGGCUCGACAUCAAGUCUGCUUUCCCCACGUCGGACAACAGCCCCUUCCUGUUCUCCAGCUCCCCUCCCGAAACCAUGCUGGAGAGUGAGGAGCUGUGAGCGACACACCGGCCCGGGGACUCUGAGGCGUCCCGGCAGGAUGUGUGACCUCCUUGAGGUCGGAAAACAGUAGAAGACUUUAAGGGGAUUGAUUGCUUGAGCAGAUUGUCAUGUGAUUUGUGUUUUUUGCACAUGAAGUGAAGUACAUUCAGAAUAGAAUGGCAAAGAAUUAUUGCGUUAAACCUAUCAGCACUGAUAGUGGCUUUGUCACCAUUCCUAUUUACUGAAGUCACAUGCAGAAAAAUGACGGAUUUGCAAAGUCUUAGCUCAUGAGCCAUCAGUGGAGUUGAAUAUUGUUCUCUCACGUUUUGUUUUCUACAUCAUAUUUAACUACAGUGCUGCGGUUGUUGCUGAAUGUUGAGCAUAACAUUUGUUCUUAUUAGUUAGUCCUCUUCUCAAAGUGGCGUUAACACCACUUUUGUUUUAUUUUAUUGCAAAUCACAUGUACAGUGGCUUCUGACAGUAUUCACACCCCUUCACUUUUUGCACUUUGUUUUAUUUGUCUUUUAAAUGGAUACAUUUGAUGUUGAUAACCAUUGAUCUUCACUUAAAACCCAUAAUGACAAAGAGAAAAUAUAUUUUUAGAAACUUUUACAACUUUAUAAAAAAAGAAAAAAAAAAAAGGAAAAUUAAAACCAUUUGGGAGCAGUUACAGUUUCCAGUGAUCUUGGGCACGUCCAGCUUUACAUGCCUGGAUUUAGGCAGUUGAUCCCAUUAUUACUGGCUGAUUCUCUCAAGCUCAGAUUUAAUAGGACGUGUCUAUGAGCUGCCACCUUCAAGUCUCUCCACAGAUGUUCUAUGGGCGGAAGUCUGAGCUCUAGCUGGACGAGAUGAGACGAGAGAGAAAUGCUUCCCCAGAAUUUUCUUGGCUGCUUUGGGUCACUGUCGUGCUGAAAGGUGAAACAUCACCACGGUCUCACAUUGUCCUCCCCUUAAACAAGGGGUGGCUGUGGUCCAGGAGGUAGAGCAGGUUUGAUCGACCCACUAACCAGACGGUUGGUGGCUCGAUCCCCCCCUGGCUCCUCCAUUCGGCAAACUGAAGUGUCUUUGGACCAGAUUCUAAACCCCAAACUGAAGAUACUGAACCGCAAAUUUGCCCUGACAACUUUGCUGGUAGUGUGUGAAUGGUGUGUGGUAGAAAAAGUGCAGCAUAUAGUAGCGCUGUAUGAAUGCAUGUGUGGCUUGUACUGUAAAGUGCUUUGAGCGGUUGAUAAGACUAGAAAAGCUCUCUAUAUAUUUUUAUAUAUAUACAGACCAUUUACAAUUUCAAAUUCUGACCAGUCUCUCUGUCUCCGCUGCUGAGAAGCCCAGACACAUAGCAUGAUGCUGCCACCACCACCAUCCUGCACCAUAGGGAUGGUAUCAACCAGGUGAUGAGCAGGGACUGGUGUUCAAACGUAGUGUUUGGAUUUCUGCUCAAAUUAUUUGUGUCUCAUCAGACAGAGAACAUUUAAAAGCAGCUUAGCAAACUUAAAGCAGGCCGUCGAAUGCCUCUUAAUCCAAUGUGCUGUACCAUAAGAGCCUGAUUGAUGGAGUGCUGCAUAGAGCUGCAAAAUGAAAUGGGUCUGAAUACCUUCUGAAGCCAUUGAACCUGUACUGGUAGUUCUAGUUUCUUUGAAGGUUUAUAUAGAGUAGUCAUAAGUUAUUGUUUAUUAAUAAUCAGAUAUAGUUUAAAGCGUAUUUUAACAGACAUUUGAAUGUGCCAUUAAGAUCAGUUUAAAUGGCUCCAUUAAAGGAGGAAUUCUGUCUAUACUGAACUAAAUUAUUUAUUUUUUGUUGGUCACAGGUUCACAGAUUUGCACCAUGUUUUUCAUGUGCAUGCCAACACACAGUAUUGUAUAACAAAUAGAAACACUGUGUCUGCUCACAGUCAUGAUACUAGUAUGCUGUUAGGAGAGUCUAAUUCUUGGUUUGUAGUUGAAACACUGAAACACUUUAUUUUAUUUUUUUGUCUCCGUAACUGCAUCAACACUUAUGAGAUGUAUCGUCAGAGAAAGUUUGGUUUGGGAUAAAGACAGGGCUUUGCUUUGCUUUCGCAUAUGACAGCAAAAGGUCAAAUGUAUUUGAUGGACUAUGAUUGAAUAAAUUAAAGUCAGUUUAAAAACACACUGGAGAAAGGAAAAAAAAAAAGAACAUAUUCACCUGAUGUAAAGUUGCACAUUGUAAAAUAGUUUUGUCCUUCCUCAGAAUAAAGUUCUAUUUAUUAAUGUGAGUGACAUGUUUGCUUUGCUGGAACAAGUGGUUUUGUUUGCACGCUGCACUGACAGCAUGUCAAUUCAUUCUGCACCAUUUUCACUGCUCCUGACGUUUAUCUUACUUCACACAUGAAAAUAAUGAGUUUCCAGAGUAUCAGGCCAUUUAAACUCAUCUGGCAUCAUAGAGGUCCUGUUUUCACUGAUCAGAUUCCUAUUAGCUUAAACUGAUGCCCACUUCAAAACAAGUGGGAGGGCUCAGAAGCCAAUUAAGUGUUGCUAAUCAGUCCAAUUAGAGGGGAAGAGAGUUCAAAUAGGCAUAAAAUUACAUUCACCUUACGUGACCUAAUUAUACUCCCAGCCUCGUCUCACCAGCUGCCAGACCUACUUGUUAACUGGUGCUGUGUUAAGUAGAAAAUAUCUGUGGAGGAAAUAUCCAGUGUUGUGGAAAAUGUUUCAAAUAAUGUUUUAUACUUUACGUUUGCUCAAUUUGUUUCUUGCAGUUUUAACACAAUAAAAGAAACUGUCGUUGAA